AUGGCAUCUGCCGCAGUUCAACCUCUCAGUAGCCAUGGAUCCAUUUUGGCUCAGAAACCGACUGCUGUUACCAUCUCCGAGAAACCCCGUCAUGUUGACACAAGUUUGAACUUCUACAAAGAGAAUGACGAUGAAACCUUCAACAAGCCCAGCAUCUCUCUCCCUGUCAUUAUUCAAGACGUCAGCGGACACGAGCUGGAUUAUUCUCUUGACGGAAACGGCUUCCAGUUUUACUACCAUAAGAGCGCUGAGAAGGACUUUCUGGAUGAUGAAAAGAUUAAACAAGAGUAUUAUCCAGAGACAGAGCAGUUGCUCAAAGAUGCAACUGGCGCCUCUCGUGUCCUCAUCUUCGACCACACCAUCCGCCGUGUCUCUCAAGAUCCAGCCAGAGACGGAUCAAAACAGCUCCGCGGCCCCGUGCAACGCGUCCACAUCGAUCAAUCAUACACAGCCUCAAAGAGCCGAGUCUCCCACCACCUGCCUGACGAAGCAGAAGAGCUCCUAAAGGGUCGAUAUCAGAUCAUCAACGUCUGGCGCCCUAUUCGCACCAUCCUGAAAGACCCCUUGGCUGUGGCAGAUGCCCAUACCGUGCCAGAUAGCGAUCUCGUCCCGGUGGGACUCAUUUAUCCUGAUCGGGAAGGUGAAACCUAUGCCGUGAAGCCGGAUCCGAAUAUCAAGUGGUAUUAUCGCUAUGGGCAGACUCCGGACUUGGUAACUUUGAUUAAGUGCUUUGAUUCUAAGACGGACGGGAGGGCCAGACGCGUGCCUCAUUCGGCGUUUGUGAAUCCUGAGACUGAGAAUGAAGAUGGAAGGGAGAGUAUUGAGGUGCGGGCUUUGAUUUUCCAUCCUGAGGAUCGGGAGUAA